CAAAAUUUGUACAGUUUAAUUUUCAAUUCAAAAAAGACUCCUCCGACACCCUUUACUUAAUCUGCCAGGAUGCGUCUUCUGCAGACUCUGCUCACGAGGAUGUCGCGCUUGGGAGGCAGCGUCGCCUGGCGAUCCUCGACUCAGAAUCAGGCCGCCGGCUCCAGAGUGAAGCACCGACCGACUACGAGCAAUACUUUGGCAGAUCGUCGCUUCGCACAGAACCUGAGCGGAGAUCUGAAGAAGCCAGGCUCGUCCUCUCUAGCGUCGAUGCGCGAGUUCUUCAUGCAUCCCCAUACUUGGGACCGCAACAACGGCUACUUCAACGUGGUGCUGGCCCUGUCCAUAUUCGGGUUCUGCUUCUUCAACUCGUGCUCCCCCAGCGAGGAGAAGGUCGCCGCAGCUAACGAAGUGGCCCCGCCCAAGAAGUGAUGUCUCGGGAGUGGAGGCGGAAUGUGCAUCGAAGCACUCACCUUGAUUGCACGCGCAGACCAGGCCGGAGUUGGUCGAGUGGCACUUGGCGUUCAUGUCGCAGAGCGUGG